AAAAAUCAUACGGAUGAAAAAACCUAUGAAUGUGAAGACUGUGGCAGAUCAUUUUACUAUCCUUCAAUGCUGAAGCAACAUCAAAGAAUUCAUUCUGGAGACAAACCCUACAAGUGUGAACACUGUGGCAGAUGUUUUUCCUCUUCCUCAUCCCAUAGCAGACACCAAUUAAUUCAUUCUCUUACUCAGCACCAGCCUGUCCAUUCCAGAGAGAAACCUUACCAUUGUGAACAGUGUGGAAGAUGUUUUUAUUCUUCAUCAUCCUAUGUAAGACACCAAUUAAUCCAUUCUGAAGACAAUCCCUACAAGUGUGGGGAAUGUGGCAAAGCCUUUUCGACGCUUUACUUUCUUACUCAGCACAAGUUUGUCCAUUCUGGAGAGAAACCUUACAAGUGUGGAGAAUGCGGGAAAGCCUUUUCUUAUAAUUAUGUCUUGAUUCAGCACAAGUUAAUUCAUAAUGGAGUGAAGCCUUAUCGAUGUGAAGAAUGUGGGAAGAUGUCCUACUCUAUUUCAAAACUGAAAAAACAUAAAAAACUUCAUUGUCAAGAGAAACCAUACAAGUGUGAAGUCUGUGGAAAAGCCUUUUCUACUAAUUCUUCCAUGGUUCAGCACAAAAUAGUUCAUACUGGAGAGAAAUGCCACAAAUGUGAAGAGUGUGGCAAAAUGUUUGCCUGUAUCUCAUAUCUGAGGAAACAUAAAAGAAUUCAUUGUCAAGAAAAACCCUUCAAAUGUGAAGUAUGUGGCAAGGAUUUUCGUACUCGCCCAUACCUUUCUAUACACAAGAGAAGUCACAUGAGUGAGAAACCACAUAAAUGUGAAGAAUGUGGAAAAGCCUUUUCUAUUCUCUCUUGUCUUACUCUGCACAAAUUACGUCAUUCUGGGGAGAAAUCCUAUCAAUGUGAAGACUGUGGGAAAUUGUUUUACCGUACUUCAGACCUUAAAAGACACCAAAAAACUCAUACUGGAGAGAAACCAUACAAGUGUGAAGAGUGUCACAAAACUUUUAGUAAACGUACAACCCUUAAGGUACACAAGACAGUUCAUACAGGAGAGAAACCCUCCAAGUAUGAGGGAUGUGACAAAAGGUUUUCCUAUUCUUCAGACUCCUUUACCAAACUUCGUGUAUUUACUCAGCACAAGCUUGUUCAUAUUGGAGAGACAUCAUACAAAUGUGAAGAGUGUGGCAAAGAAUUUUCUAGUCCUUCAUAUGUUAAAUUACAUAAAACAAUUCAUUCUGAAGAGAAGGCCUUCAAGUGUGGGGAAUGUGAUAAAGUCUUUGUUACUCAAUAUAACCUUUCUCAACACAAGCUAGUUCAUACUGGAGAGAAACCACACAAAUGUGACCUGUGUGGAAAAGGAUUUACUAAGCCUUCUGUUCUCACCAAGAUAGGUCACACUGGAGAGAAACCCUAUAAGUGUGAAGUGUGUGGCAAAGGAUUUUCCUCUUCUUCAUUCCUUAGAAGACAUCAAAUAAUUCACUCUAAAGAGAGUCCCUACAAGUGUGAGGAAUGUGACAGAACCUUUACUCUGCUGUGCACACUUAGCCAGCACAAGUUGGUUCAUACUGGAGAGAAACAGCACAAGUGUGAGGAGUGUGGCAAAGGAUAUUCCUCAUCUUCAACCCUUAAAAGACAUCAAAUAAUUCAUUCUAAAGAGAAGGCCUAAAAGCCUAUGAAAUAUGGCAAAUUUCUGUUACUCAUCCCUUCUCAUCACAAGACAGUUCAUAUUGUAGAGUUUUGUAAAGUUCCUACAAAGUUUGUACUUCUUCAGCACCUAAAAGGCAUCAAGGAACUCAUUCUGAAUAGAUGCUCAACAAGUGUGUGCAAUGUGGUAAAGCCUGUGCUGAUCACUCAGAUCUUACACAGCGCAAGUGAAUGUAGGGAGUAGAGAAGCCAUGCAUGUGGGGAGAAUGGCAAGUGCUUUACCAGUCAGUCAAAUGUGAAGGAAGUGACAGGGUUUUAGUGUUUCCUCAUAUCUUAAAUAACAACAGUCUACAUCCUGAACAUCAGAGCUGUAAUGUGAAGGAUGUGGUGAAGGUUUCAUUUAUCGUUCAGUCCUGGUUCAACCUCAGUAAUCUGCACUUGAGAGAAACCCUACUUGUGCAGAAAAGGACCAGGGUUGAGCUAUGCCUCAUGUCUAUGUAAGCAUCAGAGAAUACAUCCUGAUGAGGAGGCCUACAAAAGUAAUCAAGGUGGCAAGCUCUCUACCUGUUCUUCAUACCUUUAAGUAUCUGCAGAGACUUCAUACUGCAGAGGCACUCUGUACACAUAAAAGCCUUCCCUGAGCCUUGAAUAACACUUCAAGUCUUCAUCAGCACCAAAGAAUUGCCGUAGGUGAGAAACCUGCAGGUACAGAUGUCCUCAUCAGCUGUAGAUGUCCACAUCACACUGCCGAGCACUAUCUGAAAGGUCCAGUUUGUUAUUUGCUUAUAAACUUGUGUUUGUUGUAUUUUCUAUGUGAUGUAGAAGUCAGCCAGGAUAACCAGCACCAACCUGCAUAGGAACUCCUUGAUUGCAGCAUUCCCCCAUGGUUUCUGCAUCACUUCCUGUCCUGGGUUCACCAGAUGAUAAACAGUAACUCAUAACUUGAAAUUAACUGGUAAUUCUCCAAGUUGUUUUUAACCAGUCCAACAGAAAUCAAUCUAGGACAGCAAUGAAUAUGGGAGGCUUUUCAGUCUUCUUCAUACCUCAGCUGCUACCAUCAGACAGCAUAGCAGAGCCGGUGUCACAAAACCUUUUCUCUGCAUCUGAGCAUUCACAGUGUAGGGAAGCCUUACUGAUAGAAUCUGACAAGAGUUUUAUAAUGUUUCCCUAAUUUAACAUCAAAAUUUUCACACUGGAGAGGAACCUGUGAAAUUAGACAUUAGGUGCGUGUUAAACAGUUGUUCCAAGCUCAGAAGGAGAAAUUUAGGCAUGAAUGAAAGUAGCAUACUCAGUAGACAAGAGAAAUUGAUCAUCUUUUACACCUUACUGUCAGAGUUCUUGUCUGAUUUAGAAGCCCUACAAAUUAAUAGCAUGACAAAGCCUUAAGACCAACCUUCAUUACCUGUGAUUCAUAUUGUAGUAUUUCCUUGUACAUAUAAAAGACACUGACAGGAUCCUUUCCAGUGUUUCCACAAUAUAGUAGCAAAUUAGCUAUCAUGUAAAGCACAGCACACCUGGAAAUAGUUAGCAGUCUUUUUUUAUCACUUAGAUAAUAAUGGAUCCAUUGAAGUAUAGUAGACACACUAUUAAUACAGAAUAUGUAUAAAUGUGGGGCAUUGCUUACAGUUAAUAUAUUUCUGUGGUUGAAAAGUCAUUAUAGACAUCAGAAUGCUACAAAUCACUCCAAGCUAGUCUAGGAGAACAGCUCAUGGUACUGCAGGAUGUGUGGCUCCCCAUAAGUUCUUUGGAAUCAACUGCAUUUCAUCAGAAGCCCCUCAUGUUAAAUUGGACCUGUAGGAUUAGGUACUCUCCAUCCAGAAUUUGAUCCUUCAUCUGGUUCCAGUCAUACCAACAGUAUUUGUUGAAAUGGCUGUCAGUUUUGGUUCCUGGUUUUGACACGUUUGAUAAAAUUGUAUGUCCGUUGCUUUAGUGUUUAUCUCUUAUUCUUAGGUUGCACUGUGUUGGUCUGCAUGUUUGUUGUUAUGUGAGUCCAUGCAGGAAAUACGCAUCUUUGGUUAUUUUUGGUCUUUGGUGUUCCCAUGUACUCUUCCCCUGUUCUAUGAUGAUUUUCCUUAGAAUUUUUUUGUGGUGAACAUGUAAAUAGUUUUAGUGAUGUAGACUUUUCUAUAAUAUAAACUCUGUAAUCCAGAAAUGUGUUCUUUUUUCCAAGCCUUUAUUAUAUUAAAUAUGCACCAUCUAUUUCUAGAUUUAUCCAGACUUAUAACAAAUGUUUUUUUGAAAUUUUCCAAGUGUGGCCUUUCUGUUUUAAUGUCUGAGUGUGUAUGUAUAUAUAUUAUGAAAUAUAUGUUUUUCCAUAUUCAGCCUUGCAUCACAAGAAGGGCAAAAACUUGGAAUUGAUGGAUGUGGUGUUUUGAGUAGGUAUGGGCCACAAAGACUCAUGUAUUUGAAUGCUUGGCCCAUAGGUAGUAGCACUCUUUUGGGGGGUUUGGGGCGUGCAUUACCACUGUUAAGAGAUGUGGCCUUGUAGGAGGAUGUGUGUCACUGUGGGGCUGGGCUUUGAGGUCUCCUAUGUUCAACCUACACUCAGUGUGUCACACAGUUUCCUGCUGCUGCCUAAGUAUCAAGGUAUGGAACUCUCAGCUCCUUCAGACCGUGUCUGUCUGCACGCUGCCAUGCAUCCCUCCGAGAUGAUAAGGGACUAAACCUCUGAAACUGUAAGCCAGCUCCAAUGAAAUGUUUUCUUUAUAAGAAUCGCUGUGGUCAUAGUAUCUCUUCACACCAAUAAAACCCUAACCAAGACAAUGUAUAACUAUAAUUUAGAUGCAGUAUGCCUAGUCUUUAAAUCUACAUUCAAUCUAUUGGGCUGGGGUAUGUGUGUGUGUAUGUGUU